AAUUAGGUUUAUUUACUGUGGCUAAAUAUUGUAACUUGUAUCACUGGUUAUGACGACGUCAGCCUUCUAAAUCAGAUCAUGUUAUAUUGCUAUUAUGGAAUUACAAAAUGUGUAAUUUUCCGUAUUAUUGCUUUUAAAACUGGCUAUUAAAGUUCAGAUGUUUGGGAUGAUUAUGGUGGUGUAACUCCGUAGAAUACUGUGUGUAUGUACUACAGUAGUUAAACUAAAAGGGUACACUGAAGUAACAUGAAUACAGUAUAGAAUAAAAAUGAAUCUGCAUAUGUUUAGUCAUACUGUUGUAAAUGUACUAUUCCUUUGCCAAGUAAAUAAAUUAUUGGUAACAUGUCUCAUAGGUUCUCAUAUCUCAUAGGUUCUGCCUAGAAAAGAUGAUUCUUGAGCUGUGAGAUAUGAUAAUCAUUAGUGAUUAUCACUUCACUUUAAUACAUCUAUUAUAUAACAGGAGCAGUAUGAGAAAGUGAUUGAGAACAUGCAGGAGCGGAUGGACGACAUGGAAGUGAAGCUAAAGGCGGUACGUCUGAUGCUGCAGGAGAAGGUUAACCAGCUGAAGGAGCAGCUGUCUGAGAAUGUUAAGUCAGAUCUGCUGAUAAAGGACCUCUACGUAGAGAACGCAGAGCUCAUGAAGGCUCUACAGAUAACUGAGCAGCGUCAGAAAAGUGCAGAGAAAAAGUCAUUUCUCUUGGAGGAGAAGGUGACCGCUCUCAACAAACUCCUGCAUAAAAUUGUUCCUGCCUCUCUUUCUGCUUAGAAUGUGUUAGCCACCAAUGUCCUUUUAACAGUAAUGAAAUGUGAUCUACUUAAGUUUUUCGUUACAGAUGUAAUGUAUGAUCUAUAAAAGGGACCAGGUUCACAGUAAGAGAGUGAAAACUCCUGGUGUGACACUUU